AUGAACCAAAACUAAUAGAAGAAAGAAUUUGAACUAUCGAAACAAGUAUAUAGAAUUCACUAUAAUUUAGGUAAUUGAUGCUUUAUCAAAAUUUUCUGAUAAUGAUUACAUUAUAAUCAAACCUGCUUUGCACAACUUAUAAAAGUAAGAUUUGAGUACAAUUACAGCUAAAAAAAUUAUGGAAUAUCUCUAAUAAGCAAUUAAUAAGGAAUUCGAGGGAAAAGCAAUUAAUGUACAAUAAUUGAAAAAUAUUUAUAGGUACUAAAAGUAGAGUUUAGAACUCAAUUAGCUGAUGAAGAUUUUAGUUAGAAGCUGAUUAGUGAACCAAAUUUCAAUAAUUACAAAGAUAAUAAGUUUUUGGUAAGUUUACUCAAGGAUAGCAUUAUUAAUAUUGAUGCCUAGCCUUCUAGUAAUUAAUAGAAUGACGGAGAAGUAGAAGAUGAUGAAGGAUUAAUCACAUUCUAAGAUAUUUCAAUGGAAUAAGAAAAUACAAUAGAUAUUACAAUGAUUGAUGCAACUAAAAGAAAUAAGAUCAAUAAAUUAUAGGAGAUUAACUAAAUAGUUGAAAAAUUAGAAAAGGCAUUGACUAAAGUUUCUAAAUUGGAUAUACAACUUUAUGAUUUAAAUGAAGCUCCUUUGGAUGCAAGAUUAGAUAGUCCGCUCACUGUUACUUUAAGAAUGUAGAAAAAUUAUUUGAAGGAUUUUUUGAAAUUCCAUUUUCACAUCAACCCAAAUUCUUAACCUGUAUAUAUAAAUUUUAGAAAUGCAUAACUAUUAGAGGAUAAUUUGUAAAACUAAGAUUAUUCUAUAAAAAUGGGUAAAAUUCCAUUUAAAUUGAAUAAUUUAACCUUUUCUUAUGUUACAGGUGAAUAUAUUAAAGAUAUAAACAUAGAUUAAUAAGAGAAGAAUCCUAUCAAUUUAUAACUGUCUCCUUAUUUUAAAUAUUCAGAUUUACAAGACUAAUUAUAAAAGUUAUCAGCUCAAAUGAUGUUCCAUUAUGAGGAAUCUAAAUUGGCAAAAAAAGUGGAAUUCAUACUCAAUAUUCUUGAUAAAUUUUUAUUAAAAAUUGAAGUUGAUUUAGUAAAUUGUUAAUAUUGUCAUGCUGUGUCUGAAAGUUCAGGUAAGAAAAUGUAUUUUAAAUUAUUGUGUCCACCAAAUUAUAGUAUUUCAUUGAAUACUAAAAGAAAGUUUGAGUUGUUUAAUGUUAAAACUGAUUGGAUCAGAGUUCAUAACAUAUUUUCAAAUGCUUAUUAUAAAAAAUAUUAGAAUGAAAUAGAAAGGUUGAUAAUAAUUAAUAAUACAAUCAUUACUGCUUAAUUUUCAUUUUAAAAUGAAUCUAAAGAAGAGAUGGAAUAUAAAAUGGUAAUAGAGAAAUUAAAAUUAUAUAAUCUUUUGUACACAGAAGAGAUUGAUCUAUCAUUUAAAGAAAAAGAAAAUAGAGAAUUAGAAUAUGAUUAAUUUUAAAUGGCGAUAAAGAACAGUUAAUUAAGUUUCGAAUAGAAAUACAAUAUUUUGUGUGUGGUUUCAUAGAAUAGGAUUACAGAUGUUAAUUAUUUAAAAAGUUUAUUAAAAAUAAUUCUAAAUUAUAAUGAAAAUGAUUAUUAAUUAAGGGAAAAAGUAUUAGAAUCUACAUUUUAGUUGUUUUCUAGAUAUAGCACAGAUUUGAAUUUUUCAGUUAGAUAAUCAGAAUUGAAUAAAAAGAAUUAUUUAACUUUUAAAAGAGAUUUAUAAAGAUUUACUGAAGAUGUGAUAAAUCUAAUUGAUGAGGAUUAAUAGAAGAGAAUAGCAAUGAUAAAAAGAGUAUCAUUAACACCUUCAGGGUAUUAAUUUAAUAUAAAAUUGCCUGAAGAGACUAGUGUAAUAAUUAGAUAAUAUUUUAAUUAAUUGAAUAAUUUCAUAAGAUUACAUUUUGAAGAUGAAAAUAUGGAAACAAUACAUGGACAUCAUUAUAUUACUGAAUAUUUCUUUAAAUCAAAAUUGUAAAAUGGAUUGAAAUUAUUUGGAGAAGAAUUUAGAUUAUUAACUUGGAGUGCAUCUUAAUUGAGAGGAGGUUCAUGUUGGAUAUUUAAUUAUAAUAGAGCUUCUAUAACAAGAUAAAAUUUCAUAGAUUCUAUAGGAAAUUUUAACAAAUUAAAUAAAGAUUAAGUGGCUAAGAAUGCAGCUAGAUUAGGUUAGAAUUUCAGUUCAAGUAAAUCUAUUAAAUUUCAAUAAUUAAUUGUAAGGACUGAAAUACCAGAUAAGGUAGGUGAAAAUGGAAAAUUAUUUACAGAUGGAAUUGGUAAGAUAUCUAGAAAUUUGAUAAAUAUCAUAAGAGGAUAAAUGAAUAAUCAAUAAAUUUCAGCUAUUCAAAUUAGAUAUCAUGGUGCAAAGGGUGUAUUACUAUUAAAUGAUGAUUUACCUGAUAAUACAAUUGAAUUGAGAAAGAGCAUGAUUAAGUUUAAUCCAUCAUUAUCAAAUGAUGGAAAUUACACUAAUAUGAUCUCCUUAUUAGAUUACAAUAAAUAUAGAGGAGGAUAUUUAAAUAGAUAAAUAAUUAUAUUAUUAGUAACAUUAGGUAUUCAAGAAAAUGUAUUUAUGCAACUCCAAUAUGGUAUUAAAUUCAUAUAUAUUAUUAGAAUAUUUGGAGAAAAUUAAAAAUUUAUCUGCAAUAGAUUCAUCAAUUUAUAAACAUUUCUUAGUAGAUUAUAAUGGAGAGUUAUAAGGUUUGCCAUCUAUUAUAGAUAGUAUAAGAUUGAUGAUCAAUGCAAAUCAAAAUGAAAAUAAUAAUACUUUUAUUAAAAAAGUCUUAGAUAGAUUGAGAAGAAGAGGACUUAUGUAAUUAAGAACUAAGUCCAACAUUCUUAUGGAUAAAGCAGCAAGAGUUUUGGGUGUAGUUGAUGAUUAUGAUAUUUUAACAGAAGGAGGUAUAAUCAUUUAUAUUCUUAAGAGGUUGUAUGUAUUGUAAAAGAGGCUCAAGAUAUAAAACAUUUUUAUGUUACUGGAGAAAUUAUUGUUGUCAGAAAUCCAUGUUUACAUCCUGGAGAUAUUCGAAAAGUCAAGGCAUUAUCAGAAGAAUAAAUUUUAAGUAGAUAUAAUAAAAAAAAUCCAUUUGCCGAAUAUUUUAAUUGCAUUGUUUUCCCAUGCAAAGGAAAUUCUAUACCUGCUGAUUGUGGUGGAGGUGAUUUAGAUGGAGAUAUUUAUUUUGUUUCUUGGGACCCAAAAGUCAUACCUAGGACAAUUGAAAAUCCAAUGAAUUAUGAUGAAGAAAAAAAACCAGCUGCUGGUGCUGCAACAACAUAAAUUCAUGCUCAAGGUUAUAUGUCUGCAGAAGAAUUCUUUUAAGAAGAUAGAAUGAUUGAAUUUCUACUUGAAUAUCUUAAUUUCGAUGUCUUAGGCAAAAUAGAUAAUAGCCAUCUUGCCAUAGCAGAUAGAUCUUUAGAUUAUGCCAAAGAUUAAAAAUGUAUCAGAUUAGCAGAAUUACAUUCUGCUGCUGUUGAUUAUGUUAAACAUGGCAACAAAGUAGAGAUUCCUUAAGAUCUUAUCUCUAAAAAAUGGCCUGAUUUUAUGGAAAAAGACUCAUUUGUUUAUGAGUCAAAAAGUAUAUUAGGGAAACUCUACAAGGAAGUUUUAAAUCAUAUUAAUGAAGAAAAAUAGGCUGUCUUUGCUGGUUAUACACAAAAAGGAUUGCCAGAAAUAGACACAAGAUUUAUUUAUUAAUUUUAUUAGGAAGAUGAAUUGGUCUAAGUAGAAAACUCAAUCUAAAAGUACGAAAAUUACUAUUAAAAUGAGUAUUAACAAUAUUUAACUGAAUAAAUUUGUAGGAAUGCUCUAAAAUGUUUAAAUCAUAUAUUUGAAAACUUUGAUUCUUUAAGGAAGAUGUAUGAUCUUACAAAUGAAUAUGAAAUAUACACAGGAUAUUUUACGAACUUCACUUAAGGAGAAGGAACUAGAUUAAAAGUAAAUAUAAAAUAAUAUUUCUUAGAGAAAACUUAAUGUGGAAAAUGUACAGAAAAGAGUCAUUCUUAGUCUUGUUUAAUUAAAACAUGAAAUUAGUAAGACUUUAUCUCAAAAUUAACAAGAUAGAUUGGCAGAAAUUUCUAUUAUUCAUUUUCUUAUGAUGUUCUCUCCAGAUUCUCAUCAAGAUUAAUUAGAAAAAUAACCUUCACUACAUUACUAUCAUGAAAAAUUGUUUUAAGCUUUUAAACGAAAUGAAGAGAUCUACAAAUUAUUUAGUCGUUUGAGAGUCAAAUUCCCAUUUUGGUAUAGAGGAUGCAGUUGGUUUUUCUUUGCAAAUGAAAUCGUAAGCUUCGCUUAGUAAUAAAACUUAUAAAAUGAGGAUGAGCUUAUUUGA